UGCAGCAUUGUCCUCUCCUGCAAUAAUACUAAUAAUAACAAUAAUAUUAUUACUAAUCUGUAUUGUUAUUAUUACUGUUAGCAGCUGUGCGGGGCAGAGCCUGGUUAUUGUGAUGGCACAUGUUAGCCCUGAACUGGAAAACAUGGAGGUUCACACCCCCCCAAAUAAUAACAACAGGUGGGAUCCUACAGAGCACCCGUGGGAUGAACCUGUCGCGACAGGAAAACUGUUUGAAUGCUCCCGGAUAAAAGCUUUGGCAGAUGAACGAGACGCAGUCCAAAAAAAGACCUUCACGAAGUGGAUGAAUUCUCACCUGUCCAAGGUGCCGUGCCGGGUCACUGACCUCUACAAUGACCUUCGAGAUGGGUACAUCGUCACCAAACUGCUAGAAGUGCUCUCGGGAGAGCAGCUGCCUAAACCAACGCGUGGCCGAAUGAGGAUUCAUUCUCUGGAGAACGUGGAUAAGGCUUUGCAGUUCCUCAAGGAACAGAGAGUUCACCUGGAAAAUGUGGGGUCCCACGAUAUCGUGGAUGGGAAUCACCGUCUCACGCUCGGCCUGAUCUGGACUAUAAUCCUCCGCUUCCAGAUCCAGGUUAUAAAGAUAGAAUCCGAGGACAAUCGUGAGACCAGGUCAGCGAAAGAUGCCCUUCUCUUGUGGUGCCAGAUGAAGACAGCGGGAUAUCCAGAGGUUAAUAUCCAGAACUUUACUACUAGCUGGAGAGAUGGAUUGGCAUUCAGUGCUCUUAUUCACAGACACAGACCCGAUAUCAUUGACUUCAGCAAGCUAACUAAGUCAAACGCUGCAUACAAUCUCCAGCACGCAUUUAACACGGCUGAACAACAACUUGGGCUCAUCAAACUGCUGGAUCCUGAGGAUGUCAAUAUGGAGAACCCAGACGAGAAGUCCAUUAUUACGUACGUCGUAUCAUUCUACCAUUACUUCUCCAAGAUGAAAGCUUUGGCGGUGGAGGGCAAACGCAUUGGGAAGGUGUUGGACAAGGCAAUUGAGAUCGAGAAAGACAUUGCUCGCUAUGAGGGUCUGGUUUCCGAGCUCCUGGAAUGGAUUGAGAGAACCAUAUCCGUUAUAACCAAUCAGAAAUUCGCCAACUCCUUGCAGGGCGUCCAACAGCAGCUUCAGGCGUUUACCACCUACUGUACCACCGAAAAACCCUGCAAGUUCCAAGAAAAAGGAAAUUUGGAGGUUUUGCUCUUCACAAUUCAGAGCAAGAUGAGAGAGGAAAAAUGUAGGCUGUACGUCCCAACGGAUGGGAAAACCAUUUCAGACAUCAACAAGGCCUGGACGCGGCUGGAGAAAGCAGAGCAUGAACGGGAGGUGGCUUUGCGUAAUGAGCUCAUUCGCCAAGAAAAGCUAGAGUUACUUUCUCAACGCUUUGACCAGAAAGCAGCCAUGAGGGAAGCAUGGCUGAGCGAGAAUCAGCGGCUGGUUUCCCAGGACAAUUUCGGUUAUGACCUGCCGGCAGUCGAGGCCGCCAUGAAGAAACAUGAAGCCAUCGAGGCCGACAUAUCCUCCUACGAAGAGCGGAUACAGGUUGUGGCGGAUCUGGCUCACGAGAUGGAGUCGGAAGGAUACUACGAUAUUUGUCGGAUAUCGGCCCAGAAGGACAACAUCCUCCGUCAGUGGAACCUGCUGAAAGACCUGCUAAGAUCCCGCAGGGCCCGACUGGAGCAGAACCUGGCCCUGCAGAGAAUAUUCCAGGAAAUGGUCUAUAUGAUCGACUGGAUGGAUGAGAUUCAGGUCCAGUUAUCUUCUAAAGAUUUUGGAAAACACCUGCUGGAAGUGGAGGACCUCCUGCAAAAACACAGCCUGCUGGAAGCUGACAUUGCUGCGCAGACUGAUCGCGUUAAUUCUCUGAAUCAGUCCGCGCUCCGAUUUACCCACAUCAGCGAUUACCAGCCCUGCGAUCCGCAGGUCAUUUGCAAUCGCGUAGACCAUGUGAAGAGCUGCCUGGAAAGCCUGUGCCAGCUGGCAGAGAAACGUCGCGGUGAGCUAGAGGAAUCACGUCGCCUCUGGUGCUUCCUGCAAGAGAUUGAGGAGGCCGAGGGCUGGAUCCGGGAGAAAGAACAGAUCCUGACUGCAACACAAAGUUACGGAAAGGAUCUGAGCAGCGUAAUGCGCCUUCUUAGCAAACACAAGAUUCUGGUGGGGGAGAUCAAAGGGAGAAACGCCAUGUUACUGCAGACCCUCCAGAAGGGGGAGCAGGUUCUAAAAAAGAGAAGAAAAGGGAUGUCCGGGCUUCGCCAACGAAUGGAAGUGGUGAGACGCCAGUGGGAGAAUCUGGAGAAAGCAUCCAAUCUUCACCAGCAGAAGCUCCAUGAAGCCUCCACCUUCCACCAGUUUAAUGCAGAUAACGCAGAGCUGGCAGGCUGGUUGCAGGACACCUACCGGCUCAUUUCCAGUGAUGACUUUGGACACGAUGAGUACUCUACCCAAUCCUUGGUCAAAAAACAUCGGGAGGCCACAGAAGAAAUAGAGAAGCACCAUUCUGCUGUAAUGGGCUUGAGGAAGCAGCUGUCAGAGUUGGGUGUUGAGUAUAGAGACCAGGUGGAUGUACAGAUUUGCAUUGUGGAGGUGGAGCAGCUCUAUGGAGAAGUGGUGGAAGUGUCUUCGCUGCGUAGUCAGUGGCUUCAAGAUGCUCUCGAUGUGUACAAAAUGUUUGGUGAAGUGAACUCAUGUGAGGUGUGGAUUGAUGAAAAGGAGCAGUGGUUGAUGAAGAUGGAUAUCCCGCAGCGGCUGGAAGAUGUGGAGGUUGUACAGCACAGGUUUGAGAGUUUGGAUCAGGAAAUGAACAGCCUGAUGGGACGAGUCCUGGAUGUUAAUCAGAUCGUGCAGCAGCUCCUAGAAGCAGGGCACCCCAGCUCAUCCGAAGUCAGGGCUUGCCAGGACCACCUGAACAGCAGGUGGAACCGGAUUGUGGAACUGGUGGAGCAGAGGAAAGACCAGCUGAAUUCUGUUCUACGUCUGCAAAACUACUUUCUGGAAUGCAACGAGGUAAAAUCCCAAAUUCGAGAGAAGAGGAAAGCAAUGGAAACCACGCAAUGUGGACCUGGAGAACUGGGUGGCGUGUUGUCCCUCCAGAGAAAAUUGUCCAACAUGGAAGCAGCCCUUGUAGCCAUAGAACCCAAGUUAAUCCAGCUUCAGCAAGAUGCAGAAGCCCUUGCCACUUGCCAUCCCACGCAGGCCAUGGAAGUAUUGGUCCACUUUGAAGAAAUCAGCGGUGAAUGGGAAGCUUUGAAGAGGACCCUCCAAGGAUGUGAGGAUUCCUUGACCGUGGCCAGCAAGUUGCAGCAGUUCAUACAGGACUUGGACAACUUUCUGACUUGGCUGGUCAAGACUCAGACGGCAGUGGCUACAGAAGAGUUGCCAUCCAAUCUGGUUGAAGCUGAGAGGCUCCUUGGCCUUCAUGGGGCCCUGAAAGAAGAGAUCAGCCGCUACGAGGAAGACUAUAACAAGAUCCAGGCAGUCAGUGACCUUCUGAGUUUGGAGGAGGCUGACCUCCCUUACUUGUCACUUCAGCAGUGGUUACAGAAGUUGGAAGUUGGGUGGAACAAACUUCUGCAGAUGUGGGAGAAUCGACGAGAAGUCCUUGUACAGUCUCAUAUUUUCCACUUGUUUCUGAGGGAUGUUAAGCAAGCUGAGGCGUGUCUGAAUAACCAGGAGUCCACGCUGGCCCAUGUUGAGUUGCCGAAUACUGUGGACAGUGUGGAGGUGGCGAUAAAGAAACAUCGAGAUUUCCUGACCACGAUGGAACUGAAUGCCCAGAAAGUUAUCACAGCAGUGGAUGCUGGAGAGAGUUUAAUACGACUUGGAAAUGUCUUUGCUGAUCGCGUUCAGGAGCGUAUUAGCGCCAUACAAAAAAGGAGCCAGCGAAACAUGGCGCUCGCCCACAAAUGGCUGCAGAGACUGAAAGAUCAUCUCGAGCUUCAAUACUUCCUGCAAGACUGCAACGAGCUGGACGCAUGGAUCAGCGAGAAGACGCUAAUGGCGAGGGACACCUCUCGAGACCUGGCGCAAAGACCGCACAAAAAAUGGCUGAAGCACCAGGCAUUCAUGGCGGAGCUCUCCCAGAACAAGGGCUGGCUGGAGAAGAUUGAGAAGGAAGGAAACCAGCUUAUCCAAGAGAAGCCGGAGCUGGCCGGGGUGGUGAAGAAGAAGAUUGAGGAGAUCCGACAGUGUUGGGUUGAACUUGAGUCUAGUACGCAGGAGAAGGCACAGCAACUCUUCCAUUGUAACAAGGCGGACCUGGUGGUUCAAAACUAUUCUGACCUCGGCAAAAGGCUUCAUAGAUUGGAAGAACAACUGCAGCCAGUGGAACAUGUUCCAGAUGUCUCCAAUGUUAAUACACAACUAAAAAAGCUUGAGACCAUGGAAUCUCAGAUGGAGGAAUGGUAUAAAGAGAUGGGAAUGCUUCAAGCUCAGAUCGCCUCCCUCCCUCUGGACGUGGCAAGCCAAGAGGCUGUGGAGGAGAAACAGAACGAAGUCGGGACCAGGAUCGUCCGCCUGAUUGAGCCUCUCAAGGAGCGCAGAAGGAUCCUUUUGGCUUCUAAAGAGGUGCAUCAGGUCACACGAGACCUAGAGGAUGAAAUUUUCUGGGUCCAAGAGAGACUCCCGCUCGCCACAUCCAAGGAGUAUGGAAGCAACUUGCAAACGGUGCAGCAGUUUACCAAGAAAAAUCAGAACCUGCGACGUGAGAUCCAGGUCCAUUCGUCUCGCGUUGAUGACAUUUUGGAGCGAGCUGGAGCCAUCGCAAGUAUCCGGACUCCAGAAGCAGAGGGUGUGCGUAUUGGCUACGAGAACCUGCGUGAGAUGUGGGACCUGCUCCGCGAGCAAUCUGAACGGAGGCAGCAGCUUCUCGAUAUCAGUUACCAAGUCCAGCAGUAUUACUUUGAUGUGGGAGAGGUGGAGACGUGGCUCAGCGAGCAGGAACUUCUCAUGAUGAACGAUGAUAAGGGCAAGGAUGAACAAAGCACACUUCAACUACUGAAGAAGCACCUUAUGGUGGAACAAACCAUUGAGAACUACGAGGAGACGAUUGCACAGCUCUCCCGGCAAUGCCGCAGCCUUCUUGAUCUGGGCCACCCAGACAGUGAGCAGAUAAGUAGGCGUCAGUCACAGAUUGAUCGGCUCUACGUGUCUCUGAAGGACCUGGUGGAAGAGAGGAAAGUGCGUCUGGAGCAGCAAUAUUGGCUUUACCAGUUAAGUCGGGAAGUGGAUGAGCUAGAGCAGUGGAUUGCAGAGAAAGAGGUGGUGGCUGGAUCUCCUGAGCUCGGCCAGGACUACGAGCAUGUCACGCUUCUGCAGGAGAAGUUUACCGAGUUUGCCAAUGAAACAGGCAGCAUUGGGCACGAACGCAUUUCUGCUGUCAACCAGAUGGUGGAUGAGCUUAUUGACUAUGGCCAUGCGGAUGCAGCCACCAUAGCCGAAUGGAAGGAUGGCGUGAACGAGGCAUGGGCUGACUUGUUGGAGUUGAUGGAGACUCGGGCUCAGAUGCUUUCUGCUUCUCAUGAACUACACAAGUUCUUUAAUGACUGUAAAGAGGUCCUCUCCCAGGUGGAGGAGAAGAAGCAGAGACUGCCAGAAGUAAAAGCCCAAGAGGGCAAGUUGUCAGCUGGAUGUUUGCAAAGAAUUCUGAGCUCUUUCGAACAUGAUAUCCAGAUCCUUGUCACUCAGGUAAGGCAGCUCCAGGAGAAUGCGGCACAGCUACGCACAGUCUACGCCGGCGAGAAUGCGGCUGCCAUUGUUACCAGCGAGCAGGAAGUAAUGCGGUCUUGGAAAGAAUUGCUGAACGCUUGUGAAGACUGUCGACUGCAGAUCACCACCACCACUGACCGCAUGAAGUUCCUCAAUCUGGUGAAGGACCUUAUUUCAUGGAUGGAGAGUAUCAUCUGUCAGAUCGGGACGGGAGAGAAGCCAAGAGAUGUGUCCGCUGUGGAAGUUCUGAUGAGUUACCACCAGGGUCUGAAGAGUGAGAUUGAGACCCGGAAUAAAAGGAUUGUGGAUUGUGUGGAGCUUGGAAAAACCUUGGUUCUUAAUAACAGACCGGCAUCAGAUGAAAUCAAGCAGAGCCUGGACCGACUGAUGGCAAAGAAGAAGGAGCUGCUGGAAAAAUGGGACCAGCACUGGGAAUGGCUGCAGCAGAUGCUGGAAGUCCAUCAGUUUGCCCAGGAAGCUGGAGUGGCGGAAGCAUGGUUGACAGCCCAGGAGCCCAUUGUGAAGAGCCCAGAGCUGGGUAAUAGUGUUGAUGAAGUAGAGCAGCUCAUCCGACGACACGAAGCCUUCAGGAAAACAGCUGCAGCCUGGGAAGAGAGGUUCAGCUCCCUACGGCGUCUGACCACGCUAGAAAAGCUUAAAGCAGAACAGAACAAGCAGCCACCAACCCCCCUCCUUGGCCGAAAGGUCUUCCCCGAUACAACAGACUUUUCCACCCGUCCAUCACCCCUGGCCCGUCAGACCAUCCAUGAGAAAUCAGAGCUGAAACCGGAUCAAAAAGAGACACUUUCGGUUCCUAAUGGAAAUCAAAUUGAAACCCACAGGACUCGAGCAGGAGAGUCCAGAGUGGGAUAUGUACGGCAAGAGGUGAAGCCUGAACGUCUGCAGCCAAAGAUAGACCACUUGGAGUCCAAGGUGCCUGACAGGCCAGGUUCUACCCAGGAAGGACACAGAACAGAUAAGUCUGAAAUAAAGGUGGCACAAGGGAUGGCGACAUUGACUGUUGAGAAAGGUGAAGGCAAAGCAAGCCGGCACCCAGAGAGGAGAAGAGAUCGACACGAGAGACGACUGGAACGACAGGAGUCCAGCGAACAAGAAACCCCGAAACAAGAGCCGCCAGAAAGGAGACGAGAUAGGCAUGACAAGAGACUAGAAAGGCAAGGGUCUAGUGAGCAAGAAACCCCGAAACAAGAGCAGCCAGAGCGGAGGAGAGAGCGGCAUGAGAGGAAGACAGAGAAACAAGAAUCCAUUGAAAAAGACAUUCAAAGGAUUGAGCCUGAGAAACCGGCAGGGAAGGCGACUCUGGCGGAUAUCGUGGAGCAGUUGCAGGAGAAAGAAGCUGCACAGAACACCCCUGAGAGUAAAGAGUCUCCUGCUCGCCUACCCAAUGGAGUUGAAAAACUCCCAGAAAGAACGCCAAGACCAGACCGACCAAGAGCCAGAGACAGACCCAAACCAAGGAGAAGACCUCGUCCUAGAGAUCCAAACCAACCACCAGGGGAGGCACGGCGGUCUCGUUCUGCCCCUGCACAGAGCAGUGCUCCUCCCCCACCACCUCCCACGCACACGGUUCAACAAGAAGGGUAUCUCUUCAGGAAACACGAGCUGGAUGGACCCAGCAAAAAGGCUUCCAAUAGGUCCUGGGUCAACCUUUACUGUGUGCUAAACAAGGGGGACCUUGGGGUUUACAAAGAUGCCAAGAGUCAGAAUUCUGGGGCGACACACGGAGGGGAGCCCCUCCUUAAUCUACACGGGGCCGACUGCGAAGUGGCUAACGAGUACAAGAAGAAGAAGUUUGUUUUUAAGCUCAGGUCGACGGAUGGAAGAGAGUUUCUUUUUCAAGCAAAAGACGAGGAAGAGAUGAAAAACUGGAUUGCAGCCGUAACCACAUCGGUUUCCGAACACAGCGAGAUCUCGAAGUGGAGUCAGACCCUUCUCACUACCUCCUCCACGGAUGAAGGGAAUAUAAAACGCGAGACUGACCGCAGAUCCAGCGCAGGGGGCAAGAAGAAGUGAACCACGAAUAAGGUGGACCUUCUACACGCCCUUCCAUCAAUCCUCUGGCCUGUCCCAGACAGGACAUCUUCAGAGAUGGCUUCUGUUUCUACAGGUGGACAGAGGACAACAGGGCCUCUGCCUUCUGCCUUGUUUUUGUCUAUGCAUUACCUGGACAUUGUCCUUCACCCCCUCAAAAGACAUUUUGGGCUUGCCAUUCCUCUUUCAUCCUUAUACUUCCAUCCCACUACACGUUCACUUGGUUCUCCCAGAGCCCUGUGGGGUAAAUUGGAUCUAGCUCUCUGUAAGGCUCCAUAAAUCAUGCGUAUCUGCGGCCAGUGGUAUUUAAUAGAACGGGCAGGAUUAAGACAACAGUGUUCGGUGCUGGGUUUGGGAGAGAUUCUCAGGUCUCUAGUAGCUUGUCACAAAGAAAGCUAAAACAAUAUAUUUUUAAAAGUUAUGACCUUCGAUGGUUGAAAAAGAGCACAGCUAGUUCUAGAGAGAAAGUGUCAUUUUUAGAGAGAGAUUUUGCUUUGCCACAGUUAAGCAGUGGUGGGUAAGAUCACCUAGACAUGGUCCACAAGCCAUUUCACUUUGGCUGAUGAAUCAGAGGAACAAUGCUCUAUCAUUGGGUAAACGUGUAACACAGAUACAUAUGCCCACUCAAUGUACUCUCUGCAAACAUACCUGAUCACUAGCAGAUGUGGUUACUUGACCAUAUGAUACUCCUCCUCCAUUAGCUGGUCCUAAAUGUCAGAUCCUGUAAGAUUGGGGGAGUGAUAAAUGGCUAGCAGUGGACAUGGCGACAUACGUGCCUUUAAAUAUGGCCCCUGAUAAUUGACUAUAGGUCACUAGAGGUGAUAAACUCCCAUUGACAAUGCCGCCAUGUUUGUAAGAGCUAAACCAUACACACACCGUCCAUUAGGAAUUCCCCUCCCUCUCUCAAACGGAACUGGGCUUUGUUCUAUUUUCUCAUCUUUUAACGUAGACUUGUAGGUUUUUAAUAGAAGGAUUUUAUCAUCCCAGUCAAACUGCCACUAGACAAGUUCAUAACAUUUCAGAUGUAUUUUUCCUUUUUUUUUGGUAGAAGAGACUUGUAAUCUCGGGUAAUUUAAGACUGAUCUGAAAAGCACAUUAAUUAAAGGGCAUUACAUUGAAGUCGCUGUGUUUGUAAAGGACCCCAGUUCCUGCCAGGAGCCCGUGGUACAAGCAGUACUGGUUAAUUAAGGUUAGACUGUAAGCAGAAAGUACUGCAUGGGCAGGGCCAAUACUAAGCCACGCCUACUAGCACUUAUUGACUCUAUGGAGAAACUACACAGAAUCAGCCCAUGCCUCAAGGUAAAAUAAAGUCUGCCCAGGGCCAAAUAGUACGCCCUGUACCAGGAGGAUACUGAGAAAAUGGGGCCACGCAAAAUCUAACGCAAAAAAGGGUAACUGUCCCGAAAUCUUGCUCGCAACACUUGACCUAUUGAUAUGUACUAAACAGUAAUUCUUGACUCUUACGGUACUGGUGUGUAGGGUGCGUUAUGGGGGUACAGGCUCAAACCGUCAGAUUCCCCCCCCCCCCCAUUCUGGCACAGUAGUGGUCGCUGCGGAACAUCACAGGUUAUGUGCAGACUACUAACACACCUGUGUUUAGGGAUGCAUCUACCUGCACACAGGUGGCCAGCUGUAUUUAUUAUCCUGCGGAUGUGCAUGGUGGAGAUAGACACCUCCUGCACCAUUGCAAAGCACGAGAUACUUCCGCUAGUGGAGGGAGCAGAUGCCAUGUUCUGUGUAACCGUACCCAUUUCUGGACUACAACUCACAUAAAUCUUUGCCAAAAAAUAAUACAGUGAGUAGCUGGCAAGACUGGGGCCCCAUUUUACCACUCCCUGGCAAACACUCAUCUAAACACAGCAGCCAUAUGCAAAAUAUUCACUAUGCACAGCUUAGCGUGUUCUGUUUCUAUGUUAUAUACACAUUAGGCAGUUUGUUUUAAAACACUGCAUUUUUAGUGCUCUCGUUUUAACCCUUUAUCUGCAGGAGUGAGUCCUGGAUCUACUACCUUUUGCAACAAAUGGUUUGUUUUAUCUUAAAAAAGGAGUUUCAAAACUCAUUGGGGAUAAAAUGAGCUUCUUCCACCU